AAUUGGCGAAAAUGGCAAGCUGGGAAGAUUUAUCUUUGCUUUGCGAAACAGAGCGGAAUGACGUACGAGUGAGCAGUCCGAAGAGCAGUAGUGGUGGCAGCAGCCCUGACAGUCGCUCCUCGAGAGUGAAACAGAAACAAGGAAAGCCGGGGACUUCACCUCUUGCAAAAGAUAAUAGAUCAGAUACGGUGAGCAUCCAAGUACCGGACGUGAGAAUCCAUUUUCAAGCCCAAGAAGUGUCUGCUCUACAAAGGGAAGUCGAAGUUCUGCGACUGGAGCUCAGUCAUGCUCAAAACACAAUCCACUCUCUUCAAGAAAGAGAACAAAAACUUAAAGCAAGGCUCGCCGAACAAGCUCAGAAGAUGUUAGAACGCGGUGUCCGCUUUGAAAGUUUAGCCCUAGGCGAGAAGAGACCCACUGCAUUAGUUCGCCACUAUGGAAAUCUCUAUGCUCAAGCUCGUGUGGACACUCUGGAUGCUUUGGAUGCUUUGCCACCCCUCAAAGAUGCAGAUGAACUCAAAACUAAAAUAUUAUUCUCCGUUAUUGUACUGGCCUUCCGAUCCGUUCAGAAUACUCUAUCGGACAUUAAAUAUUACAUUAAAACAACUCUGAAAGUAUCUGAAGAUUGGGAGAGAGAUCCAGCAGUGAGUGAUGUAGAGAAUGCCAUUGCAUUAUAUCUUCGGAAAACAGCGGAUUCCUUCCCACUGUCAAAGAACGUUCAGGACGUAUGUGCCCAAAUUCACGCCACCUUAUACGACUAUCCAUGCUUAAAGCGGUGUACUGGUCUACAAACAUACGUCCGGGACUGCGUGCGCUUAGCCUGGUGUCUCACCAAUCAAAAUCCAGCUUACUUUCUCGACUACGAGACACGCACAUUUCGCAGAGAUAUGCACGUUCGUUUCCACACUUCCAAUCAAAACUCUGAUACCAUCAAAAGUUACUUAUGGCCCACGCUGACUGAAGGUGAAAACGGACCCUGUGUUCAUAAGGGCGUGGUACUUACUUGA